GCAGUGGGAGUGAUCCUGAGGAUAGGUUGUUUUUUUUCGGCUCCACAAAAGCAUGUUAGAUGACAAAUUGCAGAUUGAAAAUUCAAACAAAAUAACAUACCAAGAUCUGAGUGUGCCACUUUAUUCUUUCUUCAUUGAACACUGGAUAUUAUCGAAUGUCAGAACACACCAACCAUCACACCAUGGUCUGAUGGAAUCAUCCAUUUGAUCACAAAUGGAACAUGAUCAGAUUUUGAACAUGGAAGCAAAAGGUUCCGUUCCCAUUGGAGAGAAACAGUGUUGUGUGUGUGGAAAAGGCUUCAGCCAAUCUUCAGAGCUCACAAACCACAAAUGCAGUCACACUGGAGAGAAACUUUGGAAAUGUGACGAUUGUGAGGAGGAAUUCAUGUCUCCAUCUGAGCUGGAGACGCAUCGACGCAGUCACACCAGUAACAGGCCAUUUACCUGUGCAGUGUGUGGGAAAGGAUUCACUCAGUCAUCUAACCUGCUGCAACACCAGCUUGUUCACACUGAGGAAAGACCAUUUCAAUGCCCAGACUGUGGAAAAUGCUUUAAAACCUCCAGGGAUUUGACAUCCCAUCAAUAUGCUCACAUUAAUGAGAGACCUUUUAAAUGUCCAGACUGUGGAAAAUGUUAUAAAACUUCUGGAGACUUGACAUCCCAUCAACAUGCUCAUACUAAUGAGAGACCUUUUAAAUGCCCAGACUGUGGAAAAUACUACAAAACGUCUGGAGACCUGAUGUCCCAUCAACGUGCUCACACAGAGGAGAGACCUUUUAAAUGCCCAAACUGUGGGAUGUGCUAUAAAAGUCCCAGGGACCUGAUGUCCCAUCAACUUGCUCACAAUAAUGAGAGACCUUUUAAAUGUCCAGCAUGUGGAAAAUGCUAUAAAACCUCCAGGGAUCUGCUGUCCCACCAACGUGUUCACUCUGAGGAGAAACCGUUCAGGUGCUCUCUCUGUGGGAUAGGGUUCAGGCGAUCAUCUGACCUCAUGGAGCACCAGCAGGUUCACACUGGGAAGAGACCGUUCAGCUGUUCUGAAUGUGGGAGGGGAUUCACUCGGUCAUCCAACCUGCUGAGACACCAGCAAGUUCACACUACGGAGAGAUCUUUUAAAUGCCCAGACUGUGGUAAAUGCUACACAAGCUCCUGGGGACUGACUUGUCAUCAACGUGUUCACACUGAGGAGAGACCUUUUAAAUGCUCAGACUGUGGGAAAUGCUUUAGGAAUUCUGUGGAACUGAAGUCCCAUCAACGUGCUCACACUGAGGAGAGACUUUUUAAAUGCUCAGACUGUGGGAACCACUAUACAAGUUCCUGGGCACUGUUUUAUCAUCAACGUGUUCAUAUUGAUGAGAGGCCUUUCAAAUGUCUAGUCUGUGGAAAGUUCUAUCGAAGUUCUGUGGAAUUAAUGUCCCAUCAACAUGCUCACAUGAUGAGAGACCUUUCAGGUGCUUUCAUUAUGGGAUUGGGUUCAGGCGAUCAUCUUAACUCUCAGUACACUGGCGACUUCACUAUGGGGACAAAGCAUUUACCUUCUCCAUGUGAGAAAAACAAUUAGCUCACUCAUCAACCCUGCUGAGACCACACUGGGGGACAAACCAUUCACCUGAUUCGUGUGAGGGAAGAAAUUCGGUCACUUACUCGACCCUGCUGAGGCAGCACAGAGUUCACACGUCUCAACAUUGAUUGGACUUUGUUCAUUACAUUCAGGACUGAAAGCAAAAUUUUAAUAUUCUGGAUAAAAGUCAAAUAAACCAGCUUUGUGUGAAACACAGUGUGAUAGCUCAUUGUAAGGAUAUCAUCACAGAGUAUUUGGAAGAGUCAGUACUGCUUCAUCGGGGGAAGUCAAAUCUGUGUUAGAAUUCUUUGAGGAGGUAAUGAGCAACUUAAACAAAGGAGAGCCUGUGGAUGUGAUCUGUUUGGAUUUCCAAAAGGCAUUUGACAAGGUGCCAUAUGCGAAGCUGCUAAAUAAGGUAAGAGUCCUUGGUGUUAAGCACAAGGUGGAUUGAUGAUUGGCUAACUGGAGAAGGCAGAGAUUUGGGAUAAAGGGAUCUUUUUCAGUAUGGCAGUUGGUGAUUAAUGAAGUUCAGCAGACAUCAGUGUUGGGACCACAAAUAGUCAAGUUAUGCAUUAAUGAGCUGGACAAAGGUGGAGGGACAGGUCCUACUGAAGAAGCAGGGAAACAGUAAAAUGACUUGAGCUGGCUGGGUGGGUAGUCAAGGAAGUGGUUGGUGGAAUACAGUGUGGGGAAAAUGUGAGAUCAUACAUUUUGAUUGGAAGAGUAUUUUCUGAACUGGGAAAGGCUUCAGAAAUCUGAAGUGCAAAGGGACUUGGGAGUUCUAAUUCAGUAUUCUCUUAAGUUUGACAUGCAGGUUCAGUUGGUGGUUCGAAAAGCAAAUGCAAUGUAGGCAUUCACGUGAAGAGACAGAGAAAAGAGCAGAGAUAUACUGCUGAGGCAAUAAAAGGCUCUGGUCAGACUGCAUUUGAAAUAUUGAGAGUAGUUUCAGGUCACAUAUCUGAGGAAAGAUGUGCUGGUGAUAGAGGAGGUCCAGAGCAGGUUUGCAAGGUUGAUUGUGGGAAUGAUGGGUUUGUCAUAUACGAACAAUAACGAAUCAUGCAUUAGACAGAAUCAUGUGGGUUCAAAUGAAUCUCUUGAACUGUAUAAAGAGUGUAGGGGCAUUCCUAAGAGGAAGAUCAUGAAGGCAAAAAGCAGAUAUGAGAUAGCCUUAGCAAAUAAGGUAAAGAAUAAUCCAUAGAGAUUCUACAAGUACAUAAAGAACAAGAGAGCAGCUGGAGACCAGCUGUAGGACUCCUUAAAGGUGAAAGAAGUUAUCUUUGUGAUGAACCUGAGGAGAUGGGAGAGAUAUUAAAUUAAUAUUUUACAUCAGUUUUUACUGUGGAAAAUGGAAUGGAAGCUAGAGAACUCCAGGAAUUAAGAAAUAACAUUUUGAAAACAGUUCACAUUACAGAAGAGGAAGUGCUGGAGGUCUUAGAAAAUAAAAAAGUGGAUAAUUCUCCAGUGCAUCCCAGGCAAGUUAGGAGAAAUUUGGAGGGCUCUUUUCAGAAAUAUUUGUAUCACCUAUAAAUACAGAAGAAGUGCUGAAUGACUAACGAGUCACAUUUGUUUUAAAAGGGAUGUAAGGUGAAGCAUGGGAGAUAUAGAUCUGUGAGACUGACUACAGUGGUGGGUACAUUGUUGAGAAUAAUUCUGAAAGACCGGAGUUAAUAUAUAUCUGGAGAGAAAAGGAAUGAUUGGGGUAUACAGCAUGGCUUUAUAGAAAGGAAAUCAUGUCUCUCAAACUUGAGUUUUUUGAGGAGGUAACCAAGAAGAUUGAUGAGGUCCGAGCAGUAGACAGUGUUUACUUGGACUUUGGUAAAGUCUUUGACAGUGUUCCACAUGGUAGUCUAAUUAGUAAAUCAUUAAAGCACAUGGGAUUCAGACUGAGCUUCCCAAUUGGAUACAAAAUUGGUUUAACAGCAGGAGACAAAGACUGGAGGUGGAGGUUGUCUUUUGGACUGGAUGCCUAUGACCAGCGGGGUUCCACAGGGAUCAAUGCUAUGUUCACUUAUUUUGGAGAAGAGUUGUUGCUCAGGUUGUGCAUCAGGUUGUAAAUUUGCUGGCUGAGCUGGUAGACCUGUCCUUCAAUGUUUUGUCAUAUGCUAGGUAACAUCAUCAGUGAGUCUCCAGUGAAGCAUUGGUGUUCUGCCCCACUUGCUGUUUACCUAUACUGGUUUGUUGUGGUAGGUGAUGUCAUUUCCAGUUCUGAGUUAUAGAGUAAUAGAGUCUGAAUGCCAGGUCAAUAGGAAUUCCCGUGCGUGUCUUUGUUUAGUCUGUCGUGGGAUGGAUGAUUGUCUCAGUUGAACUGGUGUCCCUUUUUGUCUGUGUGUAUGGAUACCAGUAGUAGUUGGUCAUGUCACAGUGAGAAAACAGGUAGCCUUAGAUGUGAUACAUUUGCUGCAGGAAAGUGCUUGUUCAGUAGAAUUCUUAGUGUCAAUGGAUCGGUGUAAAUAAGGUGAUAACGUUUGUUCAGUUGUGGAAUGUGUGGCAGUACUUCCUUCUCACGCCAGAGGCUGGAGGCGUGCAUAUUUCACAGAUAACUAAAUUGCGAGUUUAUAUCAAAGACUCUUACCAAAACUUAUACUCUAUAGGAAAAGAACUUGUAAUUUAAUAAGCUGAGUGGAAUAUGCAUGUAAUAGAACAAUCCUGAUGCAUUUUCAUGGAUACCACACUGACCAGAUUUGAAUUAAUGAAGCUCAGUUCCCUCAUUUUGACUGCUCUGGGAAGUGAAUGUCUCAUUAUCCUUACAGGCUAGGAAAACACGGAGGCUGAAAGUUGGAAGAUGUUCAUGUAUGAGUGAGAGAGAGAAAACAUUCCUCUGUAAAUUACAUUCACUGACUGAAGGAUUCAAGGGACACAGAGAGAGAGAACGGAAGAUUAAUCCUUCAUGGUCUGAUUUGAGUGAACACUGGCUUGUCAUGGAUUGAAUGUUUCUAUGUUCCCUGGAGCUCGAGAUCCGGGAAAGUUAAGAAUUUAAUUUGCAUUCUGGUAAUCUAAGAUGAUUUUAAAAGAAAAAGCCAAUUUGCAAGGCAGUGAAACUGGACAUGUUAGCUGAGCAAGGUUACCUCAUGACCUUUCCACGUAGUUUAAGUUUGUCCCUCGUUAUGAUGUACCGAUAAAAGGGAAGUUAUCUAGCCAAAGCAAUCAGCCAUUGGGCCUGGCUGGAUCAGGGUUUCCCACUUUGUGCAUGUAAUUUAAUUAGUCAAGCAUACUCCGACCUGCCAAUGAGUUUCUCUUCCUCUGCAAACUUUUGCCAUUUUAUUGCUGCUCAUUUGAUUAAGGACAUGUGGCGUUUUUGUAAAUGCAAUUUCUGUAUAAAGAUAGCUUGUUUGCAACAAUAAGUAGCCUGAGAGAGGUCUUAGGUGUAAGAGCUGGCCCCGCUACUCUGCUCAAGGUUUUUAGAACCUUAACUCAAGCCUGGUUUGUAGCUAUCUAUAUUAUAGUGUAACAUUGGUGCCAUUGGUAAAUAAAGGUAAUAAUUUAAACUAAA